ACUAAGGGUCAGAACGUCGAGACGUUGCGUUCGUAGGCGUCGGGAAUCCGCAGGAUAAAACCGAACCGCGGAGUGUUAUUAUCAUUAGUUUAGCCUAAAAAGCAUAUGCGAUACAAAGGCAGCUAAUAUUGAAUAUAUAACUCACUGGUUACUGCCGUGUCCACGUUAACGUAAAGACAACGCGCAGUGUGUUGACUGUAUGUAUGAAUUAGGCCGCGGUUGUAACGUUAGUUGUAAUAAUAUAACCUAGGUUCAAUUGAACGCGGUUUUAUAAAACUAUUAGCAUCGCGCUCUGCAUAUCUUUCUGGAAAAAUAAUUAGCUAAAUUAAUUAAUUGAUUUUAAUUGUGUUUAAGUAAACAACACCGCAAAUAAACACGGUGUUCCGAGCAACACAAAGGGGAAUACAACUUACCACGAAAGUACCCGGAUGAGUGGAACGCCGAGGGCCGUGCGCUAACGUGAGCUAACGUGAGCUAAAGUCCGCCGGUUGAGCUAACGGCGCGUCGCUUUUCUCUUCUUAAACAACAUGUUCGGUUCCUCGCGGUCUGGGGGGGUCCGCGGAGGCCAGGACCAGUUCAACUGGGACGACGUGAAACUAGACAAACACAGAGAAAACUACCUUGGGAACUCUUUGAUGGCACCAGUAGGGCGAUGGCAAAAGGGCAAAGAUCUGUCGUGGUACUCGAGAGAUAAAAAAGGCGAGCCGUUGACCAAAGAGGAUGAACUUGCUGCUGUCAAAGCUGCAGAGCACGAGGCCCUGAUGGUGGCGCUAGGGCACAGGAAUGUAAAGAGGCAACCGACUGGCCUGACCAAAGAGGACCUUGCAGAUGUUUACCGGAGGGAAGAGGCUGAUGGUGAAGAGAGAGAUGUGGACCGUGUCUCAGGCUUGGGAAGCUCCAGUGCGGGCUCGAGGAAAAUGGUGCUCUCCCAAAAGGAGAAGGAGGCAGCUAAAAUAGGCUUGCCUGUUUUUACACACCACAAAACAGAAAGUUGUCCAGAAACCUCGACAUCAAAGACAUCUCAGAGUGUAGAAAAGGUUGAUAUGGAACAACGGCAAGAGAUCAAAAAGAAAAAGAAGGAGAAAAAGAGCAAAAAGGAGAAAAAGAGCAAGAAGGAAAAAAAGAAGAAAAGGCAAAGGAGAGACUCGUCCUCUUCUGAGUCGGAUAUCAGAAAAAGGCAGAGAAAGGACCACCAUCAUCAUAAUCCAUCAUACCACAGUCAGAGCGGAGCCAGACCCCAUGACAGCCAUUCAAGGGGGGGGCCAAAGGCCGAGCGACAGCCCCCCCACCACCCCCGUCAUCGACCGCAGCGGCAUGACACAGACUCCUCGGAUGGGGGGUCUCCUGUCCCCCGUAACCCUGUCAGCCACAAGACGGCCCCUGCUGGCGGCACACAAAGCCACAGGCGGCGCCACGACACAGACUCGGACAACUGAUGCCCUGUUAUUUUGGGUUGUGUUUGACUCUUUUUGAUUUUAAACCACCAAAUAUUUCCCGAUAGUCAUGGUUUUUUUUAAAAAUUUCUUUUGUAAAAAUAUAAUGCAAGAUAAGAUAUUUAUCUAAUCAAAAAAAAAAAAUCUUUUAUUACAAUGUCUGGCCUCUGGGGAACUUACUACCGUUAUCUUAGAGAAUGAACUCGUCUUUUUUCUUGUGUGCUAUAUAAGAUUUCUUUCCUGUAAAUUAAUGUCCUCACGUUUACGCCGGCUUAAGUAAAAAAAGAUCUCAAACAAA